GGUCAGUGUUGUCAGAGUGAUGGUCGUGACUGGUAAUUCGGCUACGCGGGUCGAUAAAUGGCGUUACUACUGUGGUUAAGUUCAACCUGAGCCGCUGAUGGAGAACUGUUGCCAUCUUUAUGAAUGAACGCGCCUCCAUCGUAAUCUCGCGAUUGUUCCCGCGUGGUCUCGUCGGAGAAGCGAAAUUGAAGGAUCAUGGCGGAGCGCAGGAGGCACAAGAAGCGGAUCCAGGAGGUGAGUGAACCCACCAAGGAGGAGAAGGCUGUGGCCAAGUACCUCCGCUUCAACUGCCCCACCAAGUCCACCAACAUGAUGGGACAGCGGGUCGACUAUUUCACCGCCUCCAAGGCGGUGGACUGUCUGCUGGACUCCAAGUGGGCCAAAGCCAAGAAAGGAGAGGAGGCGGUGUUCACCACCAGAGAUUCUGUACUGGAUUACUGCAACAGGCUCCUGAAGAAGCAGUUCUUCCACCGAGCGCUCAAAGUGAUGAAGAAGAAGCCGGAGAAGGACGUGAAGAAGGAGAAGGACAAAGAGAAGGAGAAGGCCAAGGGAGACAGCAGCAAAGAGGAAGAGAAGAAGGGGAAGAAGGAGAAGAAGAAAGAGUCUGAACUCGCAGAGUCGAAGAAGGAGAGAAACGACGACAGCCCAGGCAGCCCCAAGAAGAAGAAGGAGGUGAAGAAGAAGUUCAAGCUGGAGCCGCACGAAGAUCAGCUGUUUCUCGACGGGAACGAGGUGUACGUGUGGAUCUAUGACCCGGUUCAUUUCAAGACCUUCGCCAUGGGCCUGAUCCUAGUCAUCGCUGUGAUCGCCGCCACGCUCUUCCCUCUCUGGCCCGCGGAGAUGCGCGUGGGCGUGUACUACCUGAGCGUGGCCGCCGGCUGCUUCGUGGCCAGCAUCCUGCUGCUGGCUGUCGCUCGCUGCAUCCUCUUCCUCAUCAUCUGGUUAGUGACCGGCGGACGGCACCACUUCUGGUUCCUCCCCAACCUGACGGCCGACGUGGGCUUCAUCGACUCGUUCAGGCCGCUCUACACUCACGAGUACAAAGGUCCUCGCGGCAGCAGCAAGAAGGGCUCGGACAAGUCCGAGGAGAAGGACGCCGGCUCCUCCAGCAAGGCUCAGAAGUCGGACAGCGAAGAGAAGUCGGACAGCGAGAAGAAGGACGGCGACGACGAGGAGGACGAGGACGAGGACGAAGGAAAGGACGCCAAGCGCCAAGACGCAGAGACGGCCGAGCGCCACUCGGACACGGACAGCGACCGGCGCGAGGACGAAGCUUCUCAGCACAGCAACGGAAACGACUUUGAGAUGAUCACCAGGGAGGAGCUGGAGCAGCACACGGAAGAAGAGGAGGAGGAGGAAGAGGAAGAGGAGACGACGCGGCGGGAGUGACGCCUGGGCUGCUGACUCAGAAACUGUCCAUCGCUCUCCAGUUGGAGCCCGUUGCUGAGAUCUUCCACCACACCACAGCAGAACCCGAGACUCGGCAGCCGACGCGCCACUCCCUUCACCUGGGCCUGAGGAGGAGGAGGAGUUGCAGCAGGUUUUCCAUUUCAACUCUUGUAUUUAUUUCCCCUUUGUUUUGUCGUUCUCUCCCGAAGAUCAAGCGUCUGAUGUCAAUCACCACCUGCCAGUCUGACCACUCUCUCAGGCCGCAUCCACACCAUAGCCUUCCAUUCCCAAAUCAGCUUCUCCUCACGCUGCCCGUUUCCCUUUCCUCGCACUAAAGUGAUGCCCAUUCAGGGGCAGGGAAGACUCCACUAGAUCUGUAGGACUCGCUUCCACAUAAAUAAAAGGGUUUUAAGAUGACCAACAAGCAAAUCUUUUUAAGCAGUGCAACAAGCUAACGUGGAUGGUAAACCUGUUGGGGAGCACCGUGGGUGUGGACCGCUCUCACUUGGUCUGGUUUUAUAUUUUAAAAAGUCACAGGCGUUUUUACCCAGCCAGUCGUCUGCCUUGAGUCGCGCGGGGAGCUGUGAGAUUCCCACUCGCUCGUGUGACAGCAAAGCACUGUCCAGUCCAGUCACCUUUGGCGUCCCACUCGGGUCACGUGAUCUGGUCGCCGCCGUGGGUUUGGCCUCCCGCCACGCGGCCGAGUGGGUCGACCUUCCCAGGACCAAACGCCGCCGCUCCCGUUCCUCUUCUCCCUCAGCAGCUUCCUGGAUGUUGUUUCUGUACAGACUGUUCGCUCUGUUACACAGACCAGUGCCAAACCGCUCCACCGCAGAGCAACCGGACGCAAACCCUCCACCUGCUUCUCAUAAACUGACCUAAAAGCACAGCACGCUGUGGCGGAGGCCCAAUCUCAUCCCUCACCUCCUAGUUUUAGAGGCUCUUUUUAGUCGCGGUGAGGAUUAUAUUUAAAGCAAAUAGAAAAUGUAUCAUUUAUAUAUGGAUUCUAUUGAUAUAUCAGAUAUAUUCGAGCGAUAUUUGCAGUGGGAGAAGCUGCUCUUCUUUUGCGAGGGUUUAUCUUUGUUUCAUUUGUUCUGCUUUUAUUUUCUUUUUUUUACACAAGUGUCCCCAUAAGAUUGUAUUAAUUUAAAACCAUUGGGAUUAGAACACGGUGGGAGAUUAGUUUUGUUUUUUUAACCAUUCUGUCUUUCUCUUUUAUCUGUACGUAGUGUACGUCCCGUCGCCACUAACCCCGUGCUGAUGUCUUUUUUUGUUUUUCCCUCUCAUUUGCUCGUCUCAGCAGGAACUGCACCCCGAGUCGGAAGCGAUCUCAUAUUGGCAUUAAAAGAAAGUACAAUCGUCCUGGACUGCCGCACAGUUACGCGUGUCUUUGUAGUGUUCUGUCUCUACGCUGCUGCUGCUUCUGAUCGCACGUCUGUGAGGGAAAUAACGGUCGUAGCUCCGCUCACAGACGCCGGCGACUUCGGGGUAGAAUUGAAUAAUGGAUGUCUGGAUAUAUAUCUGUAUCUUCUCGUUGCAAUAAAAUAGAGAAAGCAUUCACCUCCGCCUGUGUGUGUG